GUCUGGGGGCGGGGCUCGGCCUGGGGGGCGUGUCCACCCUGGAGCCCGGCCUGAGGCCCCCCAGCCAGCCGCCGGGGCCCCGGGUGGCGCUGAAGGUGCAGAUGCUGGACGACUCUGUGGAAAGCUUCCAGCUGGCGCACCGAGCUCCUGGUAAGGUUCUGUUCGACCUGGUCUGUGUUCACCUCAACCUGACGGAGGGGGAUUACUUUGGACUGGAGUACCAGGACCACCGCAAGAUGACGGUGUGGCUGGAUCUCCUCAAACCGGCUCUGAAGCAGAUCAGACGACCGAAGAACACCAUCCUUCGCUUCGUGGUGAAGUUCUUCCCUCCGGACCACACGCAGCUGACGGAGGAGCUGACGCGGUACCUGUUUGCCCUGCAGGUCAAGCGGGACCUGGCCUGCGGACGCCUCAUCUGUAACGACUCCAGCGCCGCGCUGAUGGUUUCCCACAUCAUCCAGUCGGAGACGGGGGACCUGGACGAGGCGGGCAGCUUCCAGCACCUCCUGCAUCAUAAAUACCAUCCAGACCAGGAGCAGCUGAGGGAGCAGAUCCAGGAGUGUCAGCGGGACCGAGUAGGCCAGACCCCGGCGGAGUCGGACUACCAGCUGCUGGAGGUGGCCCGCCGUCUGGACCUGUACGGAGUCCGACUGCACCCGGCCACGGACCGGGAAGGAACCCAGCUCAGCCUGGCAGUGGAGCACUCCGGGGUCCUGGUCCUGCAGGGCUCCACCAGGAUCAACUCCUUCAACUGGUCCAAGAUUCGCAAGCUGAGCUUCAAGAGGAAACGUUUCCUGAUCAAGCUGCGCUCCGACCCGGUGAACCCGCACCACGACACGCUGGAGUUCUCCAUGGCGACCCGCGACUCCUGCAAGAACUUCUGGAAGAUCUGCGUGGAACACCACGCCUUCUUCCGCCUGCUGGAGGAACCCAAACCCCGGCCCAGGACCAUCCUGUUCUCCAGAGGAUCCUCCUUCCGCUUCAGCGGCCGCACCCAGAAGCAGGUCAUCGACCACGUCAAGGACUCCGACCUCAAGAGGGUUCCCUUCCAGAGGAAACACAGCAAGGUUCUGUCUCACAGCGGAACGCCGCAGACGUUCUGCAGAACACAGCAACCAGCACAGGUCAGGACCCUGAGUCCGACUGAACAGGAACAAUACCAGGUCUCAGACCAGCCGGACGCCACCCCCUCUGUCCAGCCCAGCGUCAACGGCACCGCCGAUGCCCCGGCUCUGGCUCCGCCCACCAACGGCUUCCACCACCCGGACCCGGACCCGGACCCGGCUCCCCAGCAGAACCUCCUGAACCCAGGCCCCACGGAGGCUCCGCCCCCUCCGUCCCCCCUCACCAGCCCCCUGCUGACCGAGGCCGGCUACAUCCGCAACGAGGACGAGGAGGAGGCCCGCAGGAAGAAGUUUCCCACCAAUAAGGCCUACUUCAUCGCCAAGGAGCUGCUGAGCACCGAGAGAACCUUCAUCAAGGACCUGGAGGUGGUUACCAAGUCCUUCCCGGUCGCCGUGGCGACAGACGAGUCGUUCCCAGACUCGGUGAAGACCCUGCUGUCCUCCCACUAUGACCCGGUGCUGGAGUUCCACAGAGGGUUCCUCAGGGAGAUGGAGCAGCGCCUGGCUCUGUGGGAGGGUCGCUCUAAUGCUCACAUUAUAGGAGAACACCAACGGAUCGGGGACGUUCUCCUGAAGAACAUCCAGGGUCUGAAGCAGCAGUUGACGGUUCACCUCCAGAAGCACCCGGAGUGCCUGGUGGAGCUGGAGCGCUGCUGCCGGAGCAGCCGGCGGGCCGAGGCGCUGUGCCGGGAGCUGGAGCAGCAGCGGGUCUGCUACCUGAACCUCAACACCUUCCUGCUGCGGCCGCUGCACCGCCUGCUGCACUACAGGCUGCUGCUGGAGCGGCUCUGCAAGCACUACGCCCCCACGCACCAGGACUUCAGGGACUGCAGAGCCGCCCUGGCCGACGUGUCGGAGCUGGUGCAGCAGCUGCAGGGCUCCAUGGUGAAGAUGGAGAACCUGCAGAAACUGCUGGAGCUGCAGAGGGAGCUGAGUGGAGCCGACAACCUGGUGGCUCCUGGCAGGGAGUUCAUCCGGCUGGGCUGUCUCUCCAAGCUGUCUGGGAAGGGGCUGCAGCAGAGGAUGUUCUUCCUGUUCAGUGACGUUCUGCUCUACACCAGUCGGGGGAUGACGUCAUCCAACCAGUUCAAGGUUCACGGGCAGCUGCCGCUGUUCGGGAUGUCGGUCCGGGAGAGCGAGGAGGAGUGGGGCGUUCCUCACUGCUUCACUCUGAUUGGUCAGAAGCAGACGGUGGUGGCAGCGGCCAGCUGUGCGGAGGAGCUGGACCUCUGGCUGGAUGACCUCCGCAUGGCCGUCGACCUCGCUGAGCAAGGCAGCGUCUCCGAACUCACACCGCCGCCCGCCGACCGCAGCAAGCCCUCAGAGGAGGAGCCUGAGGAGGAGUUGAGCACCUCGCGCUCCGGUCACCGCAGCAACAGCAGCAGCAGCACGGUGCAGGUCUGCUGGCACCGCAGCACCGGCCUGUCCAUGGUGGACUGCAGCCUGGCCGUGGAGAACCAGCUGUCGGGGAACCUGCUGAGGAAGUUCAAGAACAGCUCCGGCUGGCAGAAGCUCUGGGUCGUCUUCACCAACUUCAGCCUGUUCUUCUACAAGACGCACCAGGACGACGCCCCGCUGGCCAGCCUCCCGCUGCUGGGCUACUCCGUCAGCAUUCCGUCGGAGGCGGAGAACAUCAACAAGGACUACGUCUUCAAGCUGCAGUUCAAGGCCCACGUGUACUACUUCAGGUCCGAGAGCGAGUACGCCUUCCUCAGGUGGAUGGAGGUGAUCCGCAGCGCCACCUGCUCCUCCAGCCGUUCUCCAUCCGUCAGCAGGAAGGAUGUUUACUGAGCGGAUCACAACUCUUCUUCCUGUCGUCUACAAAUCGCCACAUGAAUUUAAAUCUUCAGUAUUUUCUACUUUUGUCACUUUUUUCUUCAUCGGUACGAAAACAGAACCGAAACUGAAGGAAGGUUUUACUUGAACUGGAUCCAGGUUCAACCAAUCAGCUCGUUAGAGACUCUUAAUGACGUCAUCAUUAACUGGAACAUGAUGAUGUCAUCAGAACUUCAAAGCUCGUUAAGAGGAAAACCAGAAAUCACCUCGUUAUAAAGUCUUAAUGAGCUCGUUAUCUCCUUUUAACCUGAACUUAAGAACAAUACCCAGGUUCCCCCUGUUCUCUUGAUUCUCCAUGAUUAACGACUUCUCACAUUCUCACAUGGUUCUCUGCUUUAAUGAGCUCUGAUCCUUUAACGAGCUGCUCGCCUCGUUAAGAGACUAACAAGCUCUCAGGUUCUAACGAUCUCGUUUAUCUUGACAUAUUUCUUUAUUUAACGAGCUUUGAACUUUUAACGAGGUCGUUAGAUGAAAACCCAGAAAUAAUUUCUUCUGUCAUUUAACGAGCUAGCCUAAUGAGCUAGCUUAGCGAGCUACCACGUUCAGUAAAUCCUUCCUUCGUCACCCGUCGCCUUGUGAGAACAGUGUUCUCCGUCAGUAUUCUGCCACACUGUGAACCAAUCAGCCGCCAGAGAUUCUCCUGCUUCACUUUUUCUUUUUCUACUUUAAAUAAAGAUGAGAAUAAAACGUGGA